AUGUAUGGUUUGCUUAUAUGCGCCCGGGACGACGGGCGAAACAACCUGCCUACCGCAAACGAAGUUGUGGCCGUGUUCGUAGGCAAAGGGGGUCGUCCGCCAAGAGACAUUAAUCUGGUCAUCUACGAUACGAAUCCAAUCAACCCGCAACACAGGAUGCAAACCAUACCAGCGGGGUCGUGUCACUCGGAUCCGAUGUUGUAUCCGCUGUUUUUCCCGUACAGCGAGGUCGGUUGGCAUAACGGGAUGUUGCAAGCGGGCAACCGACGAAACAAUGUCCGCAAUCGCAACAGUAUCAGAGAGUUUGCUUGCUACCGUUUGGCUGUUAGAUAUCUGGGAAAUAACGACCAAAGGCAUGAACUGUUUAGUUUAUUACAUCAAGGUCGGUUCUUGUUGCAGAUGUAUGUGUGCGACCAGUAUGUUCGAAUGGAGUCGAACAAUCUGAACUACAUACGUUUGCACCAGAGGGAUCUCCUCGCCGAAGCGUAUCAAGGGCUCAUGGACCAUGUGAACCAACAGCUCCACGUCGAUCCCAUGGCGGUCGGGCGUAGGGUCAUAUGGCCGUCGACGUUCACGGGUAGCGACCGAUUCAACAAGAUGAAUUAUCAAGACGCCAUCACCAUAGUGCGUACCAAAGGGAAACCCGACCUGUUCAUAACGUUUACGUGCAAUCCCAGCUGGCCAGAGAUCACUGAAAACCUGGCUGCCCACAGCACGGCAAGCGACAGGCCGGACCUGGUGGCCAGAGUUUUCAACAGGAAGCUACAGGAGCUAAUAGUUGACAUAACUGUGAAUCGUGUGUUUGGUAAUGUCGGCGCUUACGUGUACACUAUCAAGUUUCAGAAACGUGGUCUGCCCCAUGCGCAUAUACUGAUAAUCCUGGCGGAGGACUGUAAGUUCCGCACGGCCAAGGACGUGGACGACGUGGUUUGCGCCUUCUUGCCGGACCCCGCAAUCGACAUGCGCCUACACGACUGCGUCAAGUCUCACAUGAUCCACGGGCCGUGUGGAACAGUCAAUCCACAGUGUCCGUGCAUGGUGGACAACAAAUGCUCCAAAGAUUUCCCGAAAGCGUACGCAGAGGAGACUGUGUACGUUGCGGACGGCGGAUAUCCAAAGUACCGCCGACCGGAUGACGGCCGGGUGGUACUUGUGAGAGGUCGUGAGGUUGGUAACGAGUGUGUAGUGCCAUACAACCCUUACCUUCUGGCCAAGUAUGACGCGCACAUCAAAGUCGAGAUAUGCACGUCCAUAAAGAGUGUCAUGUAUAUCUACAAGUAUAUAUACAAGGGACACGACCGUGUGACGUUGGAAGUUCAGGACCAGGAUGAGAUUGCCAAUUACGUAAACUCAAGAUAUGUCAACCCACCAGAAGGCAUCUGGCGGUUGUUUUCGUACAAAUUGCACGGCAAAAGUCACACGGUCGUCAGACUUCCUGUCCACCUGGAGGGUCGUCAGAACGUGUACUUUGCGCCGGGCCAAGCAGAAGAACGGCUACAGAACCAAGCUGUGCGUAGUACGAAACUCACGCAGUUCUUCGCGCUCAACACAACAGACGUGAAUGCUCGACAAUACUUGUACCACGAAAUACCGACGCAUUACACCUGGCAGAUGCCACGUAAUCAAGAAAACGUACUCGUAAGAAAUGUCACCCAAUGGUUGCCGCGGCGGAUUCGGAUGGCAAACGUUACGUUGGCUCGGAUGUACAUAGUAAACCCCAGUGGACCGGGACCGUUUCCACCUGAGAUUGCUACUUCUGAACCGAAGAGGCCCGAAGUCCUUUCAAGACAUAAGGACGGUGGACGGGGUCGUUCACGAAACAUUCACGGCGGCUGCUGUUGCACUCGGAUUAUUGGAAGACGACCGAGCGUGGCGGGAUUGCUUGACGGAAUCGGCGACGUUUGA